CUUCAGUUCACGUCGUCGACUUCCCUGAGAGUCCCUGAGUCGCCGCACUCCACCUCACGCUUUCUAUCACAUUUUAUCAUUAGUCUCUGUCGAUGAGUGACUGGGAUCAGUUUCCUCAAUCGUCUGAAGGACCUUGGGAAAAGCUUGCCCGGGUCGCUGUCCCAGGCGCCGCAUUUGACUCUCCCGAACGCCAGCCCCAUCCGAAAUGUUUAGAAGGGACCCGGUUGGACCUUCUUGAAUGCAUCCAUAAAUUAUUAGAUGACCGAAAGAAGAGUCGACUCAUUUGGCUGCAUGGAACAGCGGGCGUCGGAAAGUCUGCUGUUGCGUUCACUGUAGCUGAAAGGAUGAGAAAUCUGAAAGUGACAGAGGAGACGAAAAUCGAAACACGGCUCGCGGGGACAUUCUUUUUCUCGCGCAAGCAUACGAACCGCAGCACGACUGGGCAUUUCUUUGCGACGCUUGCCUACCAGCUAGCGAGAAAUUUCCCCAGCAUCCGCACACACGUGACCAGAGCUAUCCGCGAGAAUCCGUUGGUUCUAAACCCCGGCCAAUCUCUUCGCGACCAAAUGAUGGCAUUAUUUCGGCAACCUCUCUGCCACCUUAAAGAAAGACAGCACGGGUGUCUGCCUCCGGCAUUUGUUAUUGAUGCCCUCGACGAAUGCAAGUCCGAAACUGUCGCUGAUCUCAUCUUCCUGCUUGGCCAAGUCCUUCGUGAUCCUGAACUUCCCGUGAUCCAUAUUCUCCUCACGAGUCGCUCAGAGGAGCAUAUCUGUAAAGCUAUUCAAAAAGACGAGAUGCACUCGCUGGUGUACGAGAUACCGGUGAACACCUCUGGGGAGGGCGUUGCUGCCACCAUAUCGUUAGACGGCGCGGAUGUUGACAACGACAUACAUAUAUUCUUGCAGCAUUCCUUUACAGAGUUGCAGAGUCGCCAUCCCGAUUUUCCGCAGCCAACGACGGAUGAACUUGCGCGAUUGGCGAGCCGAGCGGGCAGGCGUUUCAUCGUGGCAUCUACAAUGAUGAAGUUCAUCGACGAUGGAUACAAUGAUCCCCAGGAUCGGCUUGAGCUCUUGCUCUCGCUCACUAGUGAACUGCUGCCAGGGACGGAGGUGUACGAAUUAUAUGAUCGGAUCCUUUCCACAUGCGCAGACCCCACGCGGGCGUACCUCUUCUUGUCCAUUGUCGCAGCCCUUGCCGACCCUCUGUCAAUCUCACAGAUCUCAAAACUCCUUGGGCCUGGCCAGGGAAAGGAUGUCGAGACGACACUAGUACAGCUACGAUCUGUCAUGGAUAUUCCUACAGAUAGCAGUCUCCCCUUGAAUAUCUAUCACUCGUCUGUUCGUGACUAUGUUUCGGACCCCUCGAACUGCAAAGUUCCACAACUUGAUGGUGCGAGACAUUCCAAAAAGCACAGCCCUCCUGGACGCGCUCUCAGAAUUGAAGGGGUACAACCAAGCUACGCAAACCGAUGACCCCAAGAGCCUACAACAAUCAUUAGCCUUCGUCGUCGAGCCACCAGAGCCACUGAACGUUCUUGUGGGUCUGUUAUGGCUUCGAGGAGCUCGCGGGUCAGGUUUGCGGUCCUGGCUAGGGACUUUGGACGGACGUGCAUGGCUGCAGACCCAAGGUGGGGAAGAGUAUCUGCGGACCCAGGAAGUGGAAAGCUGGCUGCA